CCUAAAAUGACGUCCACAAGCAGCGUUUUAAAUAUUGGAAGUGACAGCGAAGAAUAUUACAAAUUGCCGAAGACAAGCAAUCCAAAGGCAUAUUUUGAGCUCGAGUUUGAGAACCACAUGCGGAAAUUACUGCUCAACGGCGAAAAACCCAAGGAGCUGGAUGAAAACUCCAUCGAAAGAUUUGCAGCCACUCAGAUAAUGAGAAAUGGCAAGCAGUAUUACGAGUUCGUUCCUGACGGAUUCAAAACUGGAGUAAUCAUAAGUGGGGGUUCGUUUCUACCCAAGGACAUGGUCUUCCGCGUGAAAAAGAAAAUCGGCAAGGAACACUGGGUUAACGAAAAUGUAAUUCAGUACAAAAAGAAUUCAAUGUGUCACAUACAGGGAAUUGUUUCUGACUGCUUACAGGAAGAGUGCAAUGAUAUCUAUCAAUAUUUGUCUUACCUAACAGAAAAUAACAAAAACUAAAAUAAACAUAUAGUUUUAAAGGUAUCCGUAACAUAUUCUAGUUAGUUUUAAGUACUGGAAGUGAGACCGCAGAUGUAUCACCUUUAAAUAGAAGAAAAUAUACCCAAGGUUCACUCUAAUUUGCAAAUAUUAGUUAUUUUUUAUCUGCCACAGGCAGAUUUAAGGAAUAAAGAUGACUAAUGCCCAA